AUGUCUCGCCAUGCUUGCUGCAUUGGUCGUCCAAAGAAGAAGAAGGACUCGACAGGCCAGAGCCAAAAAAUUACAGGUGUUGGUAUACCCGAUCUCAUUUUCAGAUAUUUACAAAAUAGAUGCAGGAUGCAGGUGUGGCUCUAUGAACAAGUGAACAUGCAGAUGGAGGGCUGUAUUAUUGUUUUAAAUGAGUACAUGAACCUUGUAUUAGAUGAUGCAGAGGAUUCAUUUAAAAAAAAUUCUAAGAACUAACUGGGGCGGAUCAUGCUAAAAGGAGAUGAUAAUAUUCUGCUACAAAGUGUCUGCAACUAG